UGAAUCCAGAUUACCAGAGGCAGGGCAGAGAAUUUCUUCUGAGGUCUGACGUGCGAAGGAGGAAACAUAUACGGAUUUCGAAUCCCUUGAUCCUCCUGUUCCAGAUCGUAUUUCUGUAACCAUGGUGCUCGAGGCGACGAUGAUCUGUAUCGACAAUUCGGAGUGGAUGCGAAACGGAGAUUACUCUCCUAGUAGAUUUCAAGCUCAAGCUGACGCCGUUAAUCUGAUUUGUGGGGCAAAAACUCAGGCCAAUCCGGAGAAUACAGUUGGGGUAUUGACAAUGGCUGGAAAGGGUGUUCGCGUUUUGGUCACCCCUACUAGUGAUCUCGGAAAGAUCUUAGCUUGCAUGCACGGUCUGGAAAUAGGUGGUGAAAUGAAUUUUGCAGAAGGAAUUCAGGUGGCUCAAUUGGCCCUCAAGCAUCGCCAGAACAAAAAACAGCAACAAAGGAUUAUUGUUUUUGCUGGGAGUCCUGUCAAAUAUGACAAGAAGGUGUUGGAGAUUAUUGGGAAAAAGUUAAAAAAGAACAGUGUAGCUCUGGAUGUUGUUAAUUUUGGUGAAGAAGAUGAAAGCAAAACUGAGAAGCUUGAAGCACUCGUUGCUGCAGUAAACAACAAUGAGAGCAGUCACAUUGUUCAUGUUCCUCCUGGUCCUAAUGCUCUUUCGGAUGUGCUAAUAAGCACCUCUAUAUUUACUGGUGACGGUGAGGGUGGAAGUGGAUUUGCUGCUGCUGCGGCUGCAGCUGGAGGAGUAUCGGGCUUUGACUUUGGUGUGGAUCCAAACCUUGAUCCUGAGCUUGCCCUUGCACUUCGAGUUUCAAUGGAAGAAGAAAGGGCAAGGCAGGAGGCUGCCGCUAAAAAGGCCGCCGAAGAAGCUGCAAAACAAGAAAAAGGAGAAAGUCAGAUAGCUUCUCAAGAUGUGAAUAUGGCUGACAAUGCUGCAGCUGGGACUUCUAAAUCUGAAAACAAAGCCGCGACUCUUAUGGAUGAUGAAAAUGCCUUACUACAACAAGCACUUGCAAUGUCCAUGGAUGACUCUUCAUCUAACAUUAUCAUACAAGAUGCUGACAUGUCAGAAGCAGCAUCUGAAGAUAAAGACUUAGCACUUGCCCUUCAAUUGUCUGUGCAAGACAGUACAAGAGACCAGUCAAACCCGACUGACAUGAGCAAGUUGUUGGCUGACCAGUCUUUUGUGUCAUCUAUUCUUGCUUCGCUUCCAGGUGUUGACCCCAAUGAUCAAUCAGUUAAAGAUCUACUAGCUUCCAUGCAAAGUACAUCUGAGGUGAGUUAAUAGUAUUUACUAGUCUAUGUAAAAGAGCACAUGUCCUAUUUUGCCUUUAUUUCUGUCAGUCUGCCACAUAUUUAUUUGUGCGAUUAUUAUAGCUAUAAAUUUAAGUGAAUAAAGGUUGAAGCGUUCU